GACGCGCGGGCGGGAGGCGGAAGCGGCGCGGGGCGAUCGCGGGGCGGCGGCGGCGGCGGGGCCGGGCCGGGCCCGGCGAGGCCGCGGGGCCAUGACCGAGUACAAGCUGGUGGUGGUGGGCGCCGGCGGCGUGGGCAAGAGCGCGCUGACCAUCCAGCUCAUCCAGAACCACUUCGUGGACGAGUACGACCCCACCAUCGAGGACUCGUACCGCAAGCAGGUGGUGAUCGAUGGUGAGACGUGUCUGCUGGACAUCCUGGACACGGCGGGGCAGGAGGAGUACAGCGCCAUGCGGGACCAGUACAUGCGCACGGGCGAGGGAUUCCUCUGCGUGUUCGCCAUCAACAACAGCAAAUCCUUCGCCGACAUCAACCUCUACAGAGAACAGAUCAAGAGAGUGAAGGACUCAGAUGACGUGCCCAUGGUGCUGGUGGGGAACAAGUGUGACCUGCCCACGAGAACAGUGGACACAAAACAGGCCCAAGAAUUGGCAAAAAGCUACGGAAUCCCCUUCAUAGAGACCUCUGCAAAAACGAGACAGGGUGUGGAGGAUGCUUUUUACACCCUGGUGAGGGAGAUCCGGCAGUACCGGAUGAAGAAGCUCAACAGCAGCGAGGAUGGGAACCAGGGCUGCAUGGGGCUGUCCUGCCUGGUGAUGUGAGAGAUGCCAAGAAAACGUGGUUCAGGUGCAGCUGCUGGACGAGGCUCCAUCUCCCGUGCUGCCCCUCCUGCUGAUCCCUGCAGUGUUUUGGUGCCAGUGGCAGACUCUGGGCACCAGAGUUCAUUAGCACAAGGUUCUUGUCCGUGCUCCAUCUGAAGGGAACACCCGUGGCUCUACCUCCCUGCUCAGCUCACGGAGCAGCAGCAGCAUCUCUGGACGUGCUGGGAUUCCUUCCUCACUGUGUUACCUGGGUUUGUUCAAGAAGAAAACCAGUCACAAAAGUGAACUAUAGAGACUAAAUGCUGUGAAAAAAAAAAAGAUGACACUUUACCUCUAGAGUAAAAGCUAGAAGUGCUGUGUGUCCCCUGUCUGUUGGAUUCCGUGCAGUGCUGUCAGAGGAGUGGCACAGAGUAAUGUCACCCGGGGCUGUGCCACCAGGAGUGCCCCUGUCCCCUCUCAGCUGGGUGUCUGCUCUCUGUGCACCUGUACAGCAGAAGUGCAACAUCUCCAGUGCCAGGAGUGCCACCUACCUGAUCCUCCAUUUCUGUAAUAAAAAGGAAAACCUUUCCUAA